GCUUACUUCCCUCGGCUGGGCUCGGACAGAAGAAUGAAAGGUCUCCGCUGGCGUUACACUCGGCUGCCCAGCCAGGUGGAGGAUGCUCUGUCUGGUGAGGAGGGUAAGGAAGAGGAAGAGGAAAAGGAGGAGGAGACAGCCCCAGCCCCAGCUCCUGUUCCUGAAGGUCCUGUGGAGCCCCAGCUGGCAGAAGCUAGCCAGGUUCUGGGAGCCUCGGAGAUGAGGCAGCUCGGCCUCCACCUGCCCCCGAGAGUCACUGGACACUCCUGGAGUCUGGUCUUCUGCACGUUGAGGGAUGGCUUCAGUCUGCGGAGCCUAUACAGGCAGAUGGAGGGCCACAGUGGGCCAGUGCUGCUGGUGCUGAGGGACCAGGAUGGCCAGACGUUUGGGGCCUUCUCCUCCUCGGCUAUUCGACUCAGCAAAGGCUUCUACGGUACUGGCGAGACGUUUCUCUUCUCCUUCUCUCCACAGCUGAAGGUCUUUAGGUGGACGGGAAGCAACUCUUUCUUUGUGAAAGGAGACUUGGACUCACUGAUGAUGGGCUGUGGCAGUGGCCACUUUGGGCUGUGGUUGGACGGAGACUUGUACCAUGGGAGGAGCCACCCCUGUGCGACCUUCAACAAUGAGGUGCUGGCUCGGCAGGAGCACUUCUGCAUCAAGGAGCUGGAGGCCUGGGCCCUGAGCUGAUACCCCAGCGGGCAGCUUCCUGAGGCCAUAGGUGCUGGGACCUGCCCCCGGAUGCCCACGAGGCCUCCCUCACCCAGGGCAGCCCAUUCUGCCCUGGAGAAGCACAGACGGCGGAGGGUCCCAGUGUGGACUGUGGCUGUGAGCCAGUCCUUGGUCACCUGAGGACCAUGACAGGCAUGGGGACAGGCCAUGUCCUCCUGGAGAGGGGACUUGGAAGGAGUGAAAGACACCUAUACCUCACCUGAGCAGCACAAAGUCCCUCAGGAAAACGAUCUUUUUAGAGAGUAUACGGUUAAUACAUGUUUAUUGUAGAAAAACCAGAAGACAUAAAAAAGAAAAUUAAAAUUGCCUAAAAUUCAACCACUCCCAAAACACUAACAUUUCAUGUAUGUCCUUCCAGACAAUUUUCCAAGGAGAUAUAUAUAGCUUACAAAAUGGGACUCUAUAUGUUUUGGACAUUAUUUUAACUUAAAGAAUAUUGUCAAACCACAGACACCAGGACUCAACCAGUGAAAUUAAUAAAGACUCCA